CGUCACUUCCUGUAUUUAAAAAUGGCGGACAUGAACGUCGCUGUGGAUAAUUGAACUGUGUUUUUGCUGCUUUUUCUGCUCGUUAAUGAGGAGCUUCUUCAUCAUGAAGCGACUUUUGCUACAGUCGUAGUCAGCGGAGCAGCUUGGGGAAGGCUAAGAAGGUAAAUGUUUUUAAUAUAAUUUGCUGGUUUUUACAAUGAGCAGUCGAAGGAAGAGGGCCCCUCCUGUGAGGGUGGACGAAGAAUCGAAGAGGAGGCUGGAAUGGAACAUGCUGGAGGACCGGAAGAACGAAGCCAUCCAAGAGGACGACCAGACUCCGUCCUCUUCUUCCUGUCUUUCAGUCGACCCUACCGCCUGCAGCUCUUUUCUCUCCGCCGUAGAAGACAUCACCGAGGAGGACGCCUGCGCUCGUUCGGUUCAGCUUUCAGAUGAACUUCCCAGCACGUCCUCGGACAGCAGCGGCGCCGCCUCUGCCUCUCUGGCGGUCUCUGUGGUGCCGGCUUUAAAGCUGGGUCACGUCUGGAAGGCUCUUAUCGGGGAGUUCAGCAUCAGGCCGGCUUGGCUGCCGUCUGACUACGAGCACAGAUCUUUUCUGGCGUACCGGACGGGCAAGCAGCUCUACCUCAGUUACAGCAGCUGUGAUGAGAGCCCGGGGCCACAGUGGAGCUCUGAGGAGGACGGCUGUGCCGUGGAGUGCAGCCUCAGCAGGAUCCCAUUCGAGGACCUCGACUGGCUGCAGAAGAGGAGGGUGGUGCAACUCUGCCACCAGACCAAGGAGCAGGAAGUUAAGGUGGGAAUUUACCUGCUGGAAACUGGGCUGGGGAAGCCAGAGUUCCUCAGCGAGGGAAACGCUCGGCCGAAGAAAGCGACUCAGAUAAUGCAGAAGCUGAUGGAAUAUUUCUACGAUUUCAUCAUUCCUGAAGUCGUAGAGAACGAGGAGGAGGAGUGCGACACUGAUCUGGAGAGGCAGAACGUGGAGGAACUCUACGAUUACGUGAGGCACCAGCACCAGGAGGAGAACCAGGAUGUAACAUACGACGUCCAGCACAAGGUUCUGAUUCCCGUCCUCAGGCCCUACCAGAGCCAGGCCGUCAACUGGAUGCUGAGGAGAGAGAAAUAUAACAUUAGUGCACCUAAAGAACACUCCCUGCAUUUCCUGUGGCGAGAGGUUGUGACUUUAUGUGGCAAGAAGUUGUUCUAUAAUCCCUUUACUGGCUGCUUAAUUCGAGAAUUCCCGCUGGCCGGAAUCGAGUGGCCCGGUGGGAUCCUGGCCGAUGAGAUGGGGCUCGGGAAAACGGUGGAGGUUUUGGCGCUUAUUCUCUUCCAUACUCGUCAGAAUCUGGAGCAGGAGGCCCUCACUUUGCCUGUGGGAAAAUCUGUGAAUUACUUUGUUCCUCCUCGUCCGUUAGAAGUGAAAGCUACGUGCUACAAGCCUGAAGCUCAGCCGAAAAUAAAAACGUCCCACCCAGCUGUGCGUGUGAUGUUGCUAAAUGCAAUAAAGGAGAUGCGGACCAGCAAAGGAGCCUCUGUCAACGCUGUGUUCACCUACAUCCGGGCCACUUACGGCUACGACCUCCUGAAGAACCGCAAUCACAUCAAGAAGACGCUCGCGAAGCUGAUAAAUGAAGGAUUUGUCGACCGCGUAAAGGGCCGGGGUCUGGCAGGUUCUUUCAAGUUGGGGAAGAACUUCAAAGAAACAAAGAAAAUCUUGUCUGCAGCGUCCAAGUUGAUCUUCAGACCAGCAGAGAGCACGCCAAGGAAGACGUUUCAAAGGCGAGCGAAGGAGAAGGCCGAGGCGGCUCUCCAGAACUCCCUCUCAGACGAUCAGAGAGAUCUGAGCCCCGCAUCGGACCGGCGUGACACAGAGCGAAAAGAACAAAAGCAAUGGGAGGAAAAAGCGAACAAGAAAGCCAAUCUGGAAGAUGGUGCAACGUCGACGGGUUCUGCCGCGGUAUCUUUACGGCUUUCUCUGGGUAAAGUUGAGUCAGACACACAGGGGAUUCCCGGGGCAGACAGAGGAGAAGAAGCCUCUGGGACGGAUUCGCAGGACAAGACGGAAACUCCCACCAGAGUGUCCGUAGUCCCGUUCAACACUGCCGAUUACCGCUUCGAGUGCAUCUGUGGAGAGCUGGGCAUUAUUGACUACAAGCCGCGUGUGCAGUGUAUGAACUGUCAGCUGUGGCAGCAUGCAGAAUGUGUGAACUAUAAGGAGGAGAGCCUCACAACCACGCCCUUCUACUGCCCUCACUGCCUGGUGGCUAUGAAACCAGUAUCCACUGGUGCCACACUCAUCAUUUCGCCCAGCUCCAUCUGCCACCAGUGGGUGGAGGAGAUCAACCGCCACAUCAGAUCCUCCUCCCUGCGCGUGCUGGUGUAUCAGGGCGUGAAGAAACAUGGGUUCAUCCAGCCUCGGAUGCUCGCCGAGCAGGACGUGGUCAUCACCACCUACGACGUUCUUCGCUCUGAGCUCAACUACGUCGACAUCCCCCACAGCAACAGCAAGGACGGCCGACGCUUCCGCAACCAGAAGCGCUACAUGGCGGUCCCCAGCCCUCUGGUGGCCGUGGAGUGGUGGCGCAUCUGUCUGGACGAGGCCCAGAUGGUCGAGUGUCCCACUGCCAAGGCUGCAGAAAUGGCUCUACGUCUUGCCUCCGUCAACCGUUGGUGCGUCAGCGGCACUCCCGUCCAACGAGGCCUCGAAGAUCUGUACGGCCUGACGCUUUUUCUCGGAGUGGAUCCAUACUGGGUGAAGUACUGGUGGGACCAGCUGCUUUAUCGCCCCUAUCGCCGCGGAAACACAGAACCUCUGUACAAUGUGAUUGCUCAGAUAUUGUGGCGGUCGGCUAAAAAGGACGUCAUCGAUCAGAUUCAGAUCCCCCCUCAGACAGAGGAAGUGCACUGGCUUCAUUUUUCUCCUGUUGAGGGCCAUUUCUACCAUCGCCAGCACGAGGUCUGCUCCCAGGAUGCUCUGGUCAAACUCAGGAAAAUCUCCGACUGGAGCCUGAAACUGGGCAGCCUGGACCGCCGCACCGUCAACACCAUUCUGUACCCGCUACUGAGGCUGCGCCAGGCCUGCUGCCACCCGCAGGCCGUGAGGGGGGAGUUCCUGCCUCUGCAGAAAAGCACCAUGACAAUGGAGGAGCUCCUCAAGUCCUUGCAGAAGAAAUGUCGAGUGGAGUGUGAAGAAGCUCACAGACAGCUGGUGUGCGCACUCAACGGCUUAGCUGGAAUUCACAUCAUCCGAGGCGAGUUUGUGGAGGCCGCAGAGAUGUAUAGAGAAGUUCUUCGCUCAUCAGAGGAGCACAAAGGCCGGCUGAAAACUGAUUCAUUACAGCGACUUCACGCCACUCACAACCUAAUGGAGCUGCUCAAUGCAAAGCAUCGUGGGAUUCCUCCAACACUCAGAGAUGACCGACUCGGUGAAGAGGCUGAGCAGCUGCGGCAGCAUUACAUGACCAAAUACGACUCGGAGGUGGCCGACGCCCACCAGGCUCUGCAGCCGGUGCUACAGAACAUCAAAGAGCUGAAGCGCAAAGUGAACUUGAACUCCCCCUGGUGGUUGGAAGUCGUCCAGGUGUCAACUCGCUGUUCCACCGAUGAAGAUCUGGUGUCUCGUGUGAAGAAUGAGCUAACUUCCAGCUACAAGCAGCAGGCCAACAAACUCUCCAUGGCAGACAAGUUCCGUGACGCUUGUGGUCUGCAGUUCCUUCUCACCACACAAAUGCAAGAUCUAAUGAAGUCACAAAAGACGGUCCGAGACGCAGUGAAGAGUCUUGAGGGCCCAGCUUCUAAGGAAGUGAUUGAAGAGGCCACCAUUUGCCACCUUAGGCCAAUGCGACUGCCUCUCAAUAACUGUGUGUUUUGUAAAGCCGACGAGCUUUUCACUGAUUAUGAAUCCAAGUUGUUUGCUCACACGGUGAAAGGCCAGACGGCCAUCUUUGAAGAGAUGAUCGAGGAUGAAGAAGGCCUGAUGGACGACCGCCUCCCCACCACCAGUCGCGGUCUGUGGGCGGCGAGCGAGACGGAGCGCACUCUGAAAGCCAUCCUGUCGUUCGCCAAAGCUAAGCGCAUGGACCCAGAGCUGGUGGAGGAGGGCAACACGUUCAUGGAGCUGUUUGAGAACUGGAAGAAGGAGUAUAAGGUGUUGCAUGAGUACUGGAUGGUGCUGCGCAAUCACGUGUCGGCCAUUGACGAGUUGGGCAUGGCGACUGAACGGCUGCGUGUUCGUCUGCCUGACGAGCCGAAGCCCAAACUGCUACACAUUAUAGAACCACAUGAAGUGGAGCAGAACAGGGUGAAGCUCCUGAACGAUCAAGCUGUGGCCAAGUCUCAACUCCAAAAGAAGCUUGGACAGUUUCUGUAUCUAACCAAUCUGGAAAAGUCACAGGACAAGUCAACUGGUGGGCUGAACCCAGAGCCAUGCCCCAUCUGUGCUCGUCCUCUGGGGCAGGAGUGGGCCGUGUUGACUUGCGGCCACUGCUUCUGUAACGAGUGCAUUGCCAUCAUCGUGGAGCAGUACAGUGUGGGCUCAAGGCGGCGAGCCAUCAAGUGUGCCAUUUGCAGACAGACCACUUCCCACACAGAAAUCUCCUAUGUGUUCACUACCCAGUCUUCCAGCCACGACCAGGACAUACCAGUCAAGGGCAGCCACUCUACCAAAGUGGAGGCGGUUGUGAGAACACUAAAGCAGAUCCAGAUGAACAAUCCCGGAGCCAAAUGUCUCGUCUUUUCAACGUGGCAGAGUGUCCUGGACAUCAUCGCCAAGGCCUUGUUGGACAAUAACCUGGAGUUUUCACAAAUCAAUGGAAUUCAUAAGUUCCAGGAGAAUCUUAGUUCUUUCAAAUACGAUGAAAAGAUCAAUAUUCUCCUCCUCCCACUCCACACUGGCUCCAAUGGGCUGAAUAUCAUCGAAGCAACACACGUGUUGCUGGUCGAACCAAUCCUCAACCCAGCUCACGAACUCCAGGCUAUAGGGAGGGUGCACCGGAUUGGCCAAACAAAGCCGACAUUUGUACACAGAUUCCUGAUCAAAUCCACUAUCGAGGAGCGAAUGCAAGCGAUGCUGAAGACGGCAGAAAAGAGUCACACCAGCACAGCCAUGAAGCAUUCGGAGGCUGCCGUUCUGACGGUGGCUGACCUGGCCGAUCUUUUUACGGAGGACACCGAACCUCUGGAGUGAAUCCGAACAGACUCUGUACCCAGUGGCAAUGGAAGUACUAUGAUUUUGCACAUUCCUUUUUAUAUACAUAUGUAAGCAACUUACGAAAUGCAUUUCCAAGAAUAUAUUGUUGUUGUUUUUUUAAGCAAAUCACUGACAACAAGCAAUGUAUUUAAAGCCACAUUUUAAUGUAAGUCAGUUCUCGUUCUAACAGACUCAGCUGUUUAUAUUCACUCUCGGUUGUAACGUUUGACUAGACUGUACAGCAUCAUGCGCUACUCUGAAUCUCACUGUACGGCCACAAUAAAACCUCAUUCAGGUGAAGCUACCACAAGCGGUAAAUAAAAGUGUGUCAGUGAA